AUGGCUGAAAAUAAAAUUCUAUUAGCUAGAGCCGAAAUGGAAGAAUAUAAAGCGUUAGAACUUUUUAAACAAAUUGCUUCUCCAACUCAAUGGAACGCUCAUUUAUUUCUAAAACCAAAGAUGAAGCAAUGGAGCACAAAAAAGAAAAAUUAUCUAGCAGCACCAAAACAUGUUGAAUAUGAUUUACCUCCAAAAUUUAUCUCAAAUAUUGAUUUUACAUUUAAAAUCGAUGAAUCAAUAUUAAAUAACGAUGAAGCUCAAACAUUAUACAAUUAA